AUGGAACUUAUGCAGUUGAAGCAAGGUUCCUUGUCUGUGACGGACUAUACUAGCCGAUUUGAAGAGCUCUGUAGGUUCUCUAGGGUGUGUCAGGGUGCCCCAGAGACCUACAAAAGCUGGAAAUGCAUUAAGUAUCAAAGGGAAUUGAAGGAUAACUUCAUGACUGCUGUGGCUCCUAUGGAGGAUCGUAUUUUCUCCGAUUUGGUGAACAAGGCGAGAGUGGUGGAAGAAUAUGCAAAGACGGUAGCCUCAUCAAAGGACACUCAUGGAGGGAACACUAGUAAGGGACGUGGUAAGUACUUUCAGCCGAGGGCGCAGAAUUUCAAGAGAGGAGGACAUGCGCCUCAAGCUCAAGGAGGCUUAAAAAAGAACACUUAUAAUCAGUUUCAGUAUGCCAAAGGAAGAAGGAAUCAGAGUAAGAUUUCUCCGAAUUUGACUUGUGUGCAUCGUGGACGUUUUCAUCCAUAUGAUUCUUGCAAGAUUGGUUUAGGUGAUUGCCUCAACUGCGGGUUGCCUGGUCACAUUGCGAGAGAUUGCACUCGUGGGAGGAACCCGAAUGCGGGUCAGAGUCAGCACCAAGGGCGAGUAUUUGCUGUGAAUGCCAAGGAUGUUGCUAAGGCAGAUCUAUUGAUGAGAGGCAUAUGUUUAAUUGGUGAUAAGACCUUAGUUGCAUUGUAG